GGCCGCUGCCUGCCUGCGGGAGCUGCCGCCCGCCGCGCAGGAUGGUUUUGAUUUGGAUUCAAGCACCAACAGGGUGCAGCCCCUGGCUCUGAAUGGAGACUGUGACAAGCAGAUAGACAUCUCCAAAAUGCACCAGUCAAACCAGGAGUACUACCUGAAGCUGGAGGAGCUGAAGAACGCACACCUGGAGACCAUGGCCAAACUGGAAAGUAUGUAUCGGAACAAACUGCAUUUGAAAAGAGAACAACCCCUGGGCAUGAAGAGAGCUGGUGCUGGUGUGUGCUGCAGGCCAACUUGGGAGAAAAGCUCGUAUCAGCCUCUACAUCUGCACAAAUCCUUUUCAGACUCUGACGUAAGCGAUCCCUUAAGCUCAGGUGUAUCUGAGGGCUCUGACAGAGCCUUUGAAGAAAACAGGAGUGAAACUCCAUCCUCUGCACUUGCGAAGCAACGGAUUGAAACCAUGUGGGAUGGGUUCUGUGUGACGGAUUACAUCCCUCACACCAAACCCAGCUCACCCGCCUGCAGAGCCAUGCAGAAGAAACAGAAAGCAUGGUCACCCAGAGUGACGGUGCCCAAGCCCUUCCAGAUGACUAUCAGAGAAGCCAGGAAGAAAGAGCAGAACAUCAAGUCAAAGUCCCUGGUUGAGAUGGAGAACAACUUACUGCAGAAGCAGCUGGAGGAGGAAGCAGAGUGUCAGAAGCAGUUCCGAGCCACCCCAGUGCCCGCUGCUGUCUUCCUGCCGCUCUACCAUGACAUCCUGCAGCGCAAUGAGGAGCGCAGGAGGUCUGUGAAAGAGAGGAGCAAACUCCAGCUCUUGGCUUGUCAGAAGCCAUUUAAAUUCAUUGAGCGAGAGAAGCAAAGGAAUGAGAUGAGGAAGAUGCAACUGAGAGACCUUUCUGCACCUGGAAAGAAAACGGGAGUGUUCAAAGCAAAACCAGUUCCUAGAUGUGUCUAUAGCCCAGCUGUUAAUGAGAGGCUGAAGGAGGAAGAGCUCUACAGGGAGAUCAGGAUCAGAAUGAGAGCUGAGGAGCUGCUGCGUAAUUCCUCUCUCCCCAACAGCAGGCUGGCUUUAAAGGAUGCCAGUAAAAAGAAGAAGCCCAAGUGCAGUGAACCAAAGCAAACAGAGCAUAAACCCAGGAUCAAAUCAAGCGUUCCAGACUUCAAACUGCUGCACCAGAGAUUUGAGCAGCGGAUCCUGCAGCAGAAACAAGCGAAGCACCUGACAGUCUGUGAACCUUUUGGUCUCCGUACUCCGUAUAUCCCCUCAAACAAGGGGAAGAUACUGAAGGACAUUGAAGAGGAUGAAGAGAAGCUGAAGGAAACACGCUGGCCAUAUGUCUCUCCAAGACGUAAACCCCAGAUGAGACAUUCAAGGGUGAAUUCACAUCUUGGAGCAUCUAAAUCACCAAAAUUCACAGAAUCCACAAGACGUCGAAUACACGCGAUAAGGAGUUCACUUGAGGAAAAGAGGAAGCUGGAAGAACAACAGCAAAGGAUCAGAACAAAGCAGAAACAAAGAACAAAAAGCCUCCAGAAACUUGUAACCACUCGGGCUGAGGCCAAUGAUCCCCAUCAGAGCCUUGCUCAGGUGUCUAAAUCCAAAUUAAGAACAUUCAGGAAUUAUGAGAAGCAGAGAAUGAAAGAAUAUAUUCAAGAGUUGCAAGAAAUGGAAGAAAGAGUAAAACAAAGGCCGUUGCUUUUUGAAAGAGUCACUCAGAAAAAUGCCAGAAUAGCUGCAGAAAAGCAUUAUUCCAACAGACUGAGAGCGCUGGGGAUAUGCCCAGAGUUUGUGUCAAGGAAAGGACAAACGACCAAAUUGCCACAAUAUCCCAGUGCUGAAGAUUUUAAUUACACCACUGAUGCCAGAGAAAGAGCCAUCAAGGAUGAAGUGAAGGAAAGGGAAUCCUUUGAGGCUAACAGCAGUGGGUCUGAGCAGUCCUGGGAGGAAGAGGAGGAGGAGAACAGAAAAGGUGUCACAACUCCUAUCCAGGAUGGCCAGUCCAGUGAGCUGGAGGAUGAGGAAGAGUCAAGAGCCAGUCCUUAUGCCCACGAUCCUUGCCAUGCAGGGGCACUUGAGUUGAGCCCCCCCUCUGACCAGCACCAUGAAGAAGAAGAGGAGGAGAAGGAGGAGAAAGAGGAGGGGGAGGAGGAAGAUGAAGCACAAGCAAAUGCAGGCCGGUCACUUAGCCAUUCCCAGGAAGAGGAGGAGGAUGACCAGUCAAGAGCCAGCUCUCGGUCUGAUCAGCCCCAUGAGCAUGAAGAGGAAGAUCAUGAAGACCCUGAAGCUGAAGGUGCUUUUGGCUAUGAGGAUGAGGAGUAUGAAAGUGAUGAUUCAGAAGAGAAACCCAGUGAUGAUGAAGCUGGCUGAAUGAAGGCAGGCAGAUGGCCUGAGGCUCAGGAACCUGUUUCAUUGCUGGCAAUGAAAUAGGCACCAAAGAAAAACUUGCUACUUUUCUACUGAUACAAAAUGCUGUGAAUUUAAACCUUUCCAGUCUUUCCAGUGCAGAAAUUUUAUCUAUUUUCCAGUAGGAAAGAUCCAAUUUGGAAUUUCCACCAAAAAAAAAGAAUUUACUUUUAUAUUAAUCUUAUUUAUUCUAGUCUUAUGUGAUACCAGCUUGUAAGAUGAACUGCAACCCCUGUUUAAUAACAACAGCUUGCAUGCUGCAUUGGUAAGUACUGAGGUCUUGUACCCAGCUCUUUCUACAUGCUGGCAAAGCAGGUAAGAUUUUGGAGCAGUGAUUUGCCAUCAUCAGUGUUUCCUGGUCUCAUGCAAACAUUUCAGUGCUUGUGGGGUGUGUUCAUGCCAUGUCUUGUAGGAUGGCAAUGAACAGACAAGGGUUUGUUGUGUGAGACCUCAGGGUGGUUUUAGCAGAGCAGCUGUGAGGAGCACAACGUGUGCAGUUAGACCAUAUGGGCAAGUGAGUCUGUUCAGUUCCUUCCUCUUCUUCACAUGGGGUUUGUCUUCUGCCCACUUAAGUGAGCUGAACUGUGACAGGAAAUAAGGUGCUUCAUCAGCUCAACUACUUUGUCUAUCUAAAAUAGUAACAGUACUGUAGUUGCUCUCCCUAUAGUGGAGAAAAUGCCUCGAAUACAUGAGAGGGACCACUUAAAACUUAAAAACACAGAGAUUUUUAAGGCUUACAGACAAGUAGAAGAGUGGCUCAGUAGAGCAAGUGAUGCUGCAGAUCUUGUAUGUGUCAUACAAGCCCCAAAACUGCUCUUUCAACUCCGUUUUAAUUCGAAGAGCUCAAAUCAUGAUCUUGUACAAUCAUUCUUCAUAAAUGCUGGCAAUCUUCAAAGGUCUGUAUUGAGGCAGGAAAUACACACUGUAAAGAGAGAAUCUUAUUAAGUCAGGUAAAAAUAUAGCCCAACAGUUUUAGUUGAUGGAAGUAGGGAAACAAGUGCUUUAGGACCUUUUCCUACACUCUUGCCACUCAGGACUUCAGCUACUACUUCUACUCAGGAAAUGGAGGGUUUGGGGUUUGGAUUUGAUUGUCUUUCAUUUAGUUUCUUCCAUGCUGCAUUGAAUGCAGGAUGGAAAUUGCUAAAUCCUGUUGUUGUUUCUUCCUCGUGGCUUUAAGAACGUGUGUAAUGAUGUCUGGAAGUUUAACAUGACUACUUGUAUUCAUUUUUUAAGUGUGUGCAUAACAAAUAGGAACUUGAAUUUGCUUCUUAAAUAAAACAGCCAUUUGUGU